GGUUCAAUCGGAGCCGAGCCCUUCGAUUGGCUGUACCGCUUUCAAUGUGGAUCUCAUCUGCAUUUCCCUGCCACGUCUUCCCAGGGGUGUCGCACAAGUGGGCGCUGCUGAAACGGUCAGCAGACUCAGGUGACAGUCACCCUAGGUACAGAGUUUAUCGUUAUCAGGAGCCAUCAACUUCCAACAACUCCGCUUCCCCUCACAUGUAUGGGGCGAUAGUAAACAGACUAGGGAUUAAUAUCGAUAGCAGGCCUUGAAUAUCGGCCCCUAUGGAUCCUUCCUACCUUCGAACGGCAGGUGUUUAGGAUCAUGGAAACUUCCAUGCCCAUGAGGCUCUGAGAAGUGCACAAGGUACUCUAACUCCACUAGAGCAUGUCAUUGAAGGGCGCAGGUCUUCAUGGAGAUGGGAGAAGGCGCAGAGCGACAACUUGGAAAGUAACUAUAUAAGUCAUCAACACUCACUCUUACCUUGACAUCAAAGAGAAUCACAAGAAACGCCAAUCCACUCCCACCCGUCCAAAAUGGUCAAGAUUCAACCCUUCGAAGUCGAGCAAUGGAUGAACAGGCUUGAAAACACACCUGGUGUCUUGAACAUCGCCGAAACAUGUGCAGCUUCGGUAUCCAUCAAAGACCUUGUUCAGCUUUGCACUGAUAAAGACCUCCCAAGUCCACUUUCCACCUCCAAGAAACUGACCUAUGGUGCAAUCACCGGCUCUAAAAUGCUUCGACAGCGUGUUGCCUCACUUUUGCACCGUGGCCUGUCCUCCCCUCAGGCUGAUGCCACUUCGCCUCUGACAUCGCCUCUUCCUGCCGAGAAUAUCAUCAUCACCCAAGGAGCUAUCGCAGCCAACUUCCUGUUGUUUUACACCCUCGUUGGACCCGGUGACCAUGUUGUCUGUGUCUACCCGACGUAUCAACAGCUAUACGCUGUGCCGGAAAGUCUUGGGGCUGAAGUGUCACUCUGGGAGUUAACGAAGGAAAAUCAUUAUGUACCUAACGUGAAGGACUUGGAAUCGUUGGUAAAGGAGAACACCAAGAUGAUCGUCCUCAACAAUCCCAAUAAUCCCAUGGGUAGCACCACCCCCAAGUCUGUCCUUGAAGACAUCAUUUCUUUCGCAAAAGAAAGGGACAUCAUUGUCUUCGCCGACGAGGUCUACAACCCUCUCUACCACUCCCUACCCGACGGUCAGACCGCCCCUCCAUCCAUUCUCACCCUGGGGUACAAAAAGGCUGUUGCCACUGGCUCCAUGUCCAAGGCCUUCUCUCUGGCUGGCAUCCGAAUAGGAUGGGUAGCUUCCCGCGACGAGAGCAUCAUCGAAGCCGUGGCUCAUGCUCGGGACUACACUACCAUUAGCGUCUCGCAGCUUGACGAUCAAGUCGCGAGCUAUGCUCUAUCGGAGCCAGUUCUCGGACCUCUAUUGGAGAGGAACAUGAACCUUGCCCGGACAAACCUCGAGAUUCUGAGCAAGUUCGUCGAGAAGUAUCACUCAGUGUGUUCGUGGGUGAAGCCUACGGCUGGGACAACCGCCCUGGUACAAUUCAGCAAACGAGGCCUGGUACCGGUUCAUGACCCAAACUUUGUCUUGGAUGUGUUGGACAAGACAAAGGUGCUGUUUAUGCCAGCGAGUCCGUGCUUCGGGCUGGCAAGGGACUUUAAGGGGUUUGUGAGAAUAGGGUAUGUGUGUGAGACCGAGGUCUUGAAGGAGGCCCUGGAGGUGCUCGGUGGGUAUUUGGAGAAGUUUUUGCUUGAAUAG